CUGACCGGUUUGAAUCGAGCAGCGCAGUGUUGUGUAUGUGGGCCGUUGGAUUUAUUAGCGUCCGGUAGCUGCAUAGGGAUAUGAAACAAAAAUGACCGAAGAAUCUGCGGUCAAAGUCUGUGUUAGGGUUCGACCCCUUAUUACACGUGAGGAGGGAGAGAAUGCCGAGCCUGUACAGCUGUACUGGAAGGCUGAUCAGCAGGCCAUCCAUCAGGUUGACGAUGAUGGCAACAUGACCAAAAGUUUUAGCUUUGAUCGGGUUUUUAGUGCCGAAGAAUCCACCAAUCAGCUCUAUCAAGGCAUCGCCAAACCCCUGGUGGUGUCCACUGUAGAAGGAUACAAUGGAACUAUAUUUGCGUAUGGACAGACUUCCUCUGGAAAGACUUUUACAAUGAUGGGCAGCGAGCACAACCCUGGCGUGAUCCCACUGGCCAUGGCGGAUGUUUUUCAUACAAUCAAAAAUUGUCCAAAGAAAGAGUUUCUUCUGCGUGUGAGCUACAUGGAAAUUUACAACGAAACAGUCACGGAUCUCCUGUGCGACAGCUGGAAAAGAAAACCGCUGGAAAUCCGCGAAGGCAACUACAAAAACGUCUACGUGGCCGAUUUGACCGAGGAGCUGGUGACGACUCCAGAACAAGCACUGGCCUGGAUCCGGAAAGGAGAAAAAAACCGACAUUACGGGAAAACCAAAAUGAACCAGAGGAGCAGUCGCUCUCACACCAUCUUCCGCAUGAUCUUGGAGAGCAGAGAGAGAAGCGACCCAGUGUCUGGAGAAAACGCAGACGGCGCCAUCAUCGUGUCCCAUUUGAACUUGGUGGAUCUCGCAGGGGCUGAACGUGCGAGUCAGACUGGAGCAGAGGGGGCCCGUUUGAAAGAGGGAUGCAAUAUCAAUCGCAGUCUUUUUACCCUGGGACAAGUCAUCAAGAAACUGUCUGAUGAGAGCCAGAAGGGUUUCACAAACUACAGAGACAGCAAGCUGACCCGCAUCCUCCAGAAUUCUCUGGGUGGCAACGCCAAAACGGUUAUCAUCUGCACCAUCACACCUGCAACUGUGGAUGAAACUGUGAGCACUUUGCAGUUCGCCAGUGCGGCGAAGCGCAUGAAGAACGACCCCCAUGUCACUGAGGUCUCGGACGACGGUGCGCUUCUCAGAAGAUACCGCAAUGAAAUCGUGGACCUCAAGCGUCGCCUCCAAGAGGUUUCGUCAGUCACCAAAACAACUGUGAACGAGAAGGAGACACUGUUCCAGCUCCUACAGGAGAAAGACCAACUCCAGAGAGAUCAGGAAGAUCGAAUAAGGAACCUAACGAAGCUUUUGGUAACGGCUUCGAAUGUGGUCCCUGUGCACAAGAUUCCCAAAAGGAGAGUGACCUGGGGCGGAAAGCUCAUCAGAUCAGCUCACUUGAUGUCGGACGAAUACGGAGCCCCUGAAUUGAGCUUUGCUGAACCUUUUUUCAAAAAGAGGAAAGCCGAUCUUACUGUGACCGAGGAGAGCGAAGACAUGGAGGAAUUCUCAAUUUCAGGUUUUGAUGCCGAGGACACCUCUCUAGACCUGGAAAUGAACCAGAGUAAUGUUACUAUGCGCAGCUCUGCCGAUGGCUCACCCCAGCUCAUGUUUCGAGUCGAACGCUUGGAGCGUCAGUUGGAGAGAGAAACCCAGGAGAAGCACAUGGCUGAAGAGAAGAGCGUGGCGCUGGAGCAGAGGACCCACGAGCUCGAGAAACAACUGCAGACUCUGGAGCAACAGAUGGAGACGACCGUGCAGGAAAAACUGAGUGCUGAGCAGAGGUGUUCCUCACUGGAGCUGAAGAUCGUAGAACCUUCCGAGCCAGAGAAGGACACCAAAGCCUGCGAGCAGUAUCUCGCAGAAGCCGUCCAGCUGUGUCACACACUGAGCUCUGAGAGGGAGGUGAUCUCUGCCGAACGGGACACGCUGAAGGAAAGAGUCGAGCUCCUGAUUCAGGAUAUCAUGAAACUCAAGCAAGACAACGAGGCACUGCUGAACGACAAAGAGACUCUCCUGAGAGACAUUGAAGAACGCAAAGACGCAGAGGAGUUUGAGAACCUGGAGAAGGAGAGCAAGAAAGACUAUGAGCGAGAGUUAGAGGCCAAGAUUUCAGCUUUGAAAACCACUUCAACAGAUGCUGAAGAUCUGGUCCAAAAGCUGAAGUCUGAUCUGGAGCUGAUGUCAGGAGAGCUGAAAAAGAAGAACGACUUGGUGGCUGACCUGCAGACUUUGAACGGUAAGGACCUUGUUCAGGAGGUAACCCAGCUACGUCGAUCGCUAGACGAUGCAGAGGGGCUCAGUUUGGAAACCAAAAAAGAGUGGGCUUUCCUGCGCAGUGAGAACCUCGCCCUUAAAGAAAGAGACGCGACUUUGGGCGUUCAGUACAGCCAAAUGGAGAACGAGGUGAAAUCCCUGCGGAGCCAACUAGAGCACGAGAAAUCCCGUUUCAAAAAAAUGCAGGCUGACCUCCAGAGAGAGCUUCUCGGGGCUUUUGAUGAGAACACCAAGCUCACUGCUCUUCUGGAUGGAAAAGUUCCUAAAAAUGUACUUGAUAAUCUGACGUUGGAGAAAACCGUUGCCGAAUUAAAGAAAGAACUUGAGAAGAGCCAGGAGAGUGAAAGAGCUCUGCAAAGCAAAAUCGAAGAAUUAAAAGCCCUAGAGGAACUUCCAGCUAAAGUGGAUGAUUUGUUGAGACAGGUGUGUGAGCUCACAGGUGAGCUUUACUCUGUACAAGAGGAGCGGGACAAUCUUGUCUCUGCUCAGACAAUCGCCACUGAGGACCAUGAAAGACUGAAAGGGGAGGCUGUGAAGGCCCAGGCAGAUCUUGAGAAAAUCCAGAAGGAUUUGGCUGAUGCAGAACUCAAGGAAAUUCAGCACACUGAGACCGCACAGCAACUCUCAACAGUCCAGACAAACCUGGAAUCCCUUUUGGAGGAGAACAGGAGUCUUCUCAGUGCCUUGGAGGAAGCUAAACAGAAGUCUGUGCAGUUGGUUGAGGAACUGGAAUCACUUGGUUGUGAAAGAGAGAGGCAUCUUUUAGAGUUGACCACCAUAACUGAAGAGAGAAACCAGCUCCAGGAAGCAAUUUGUAGUAAAGAAUCUGAGCAAGCACAGAAUGUUCAGUCCCUUCAACUAGAGCUGCAGGCUCUUAAGGAGGAGAGAGAUCAACUAAAGACCGACAUGGAGGAAAAUGUGGAACUGAUGAUUGAAAAUCAAGAACAAUUGAGGGCAGCUCUGGAGGCGACCAAAGCGCAAGAGGUGAAAAUACUUCAUCUGGAGGCGGAAAACGCUCAACUGGAGUCCCGACUGUCGGAUACAGCUGAAAACAGUGCUGUGGAGGACCUGCAAAUUCAGGUGAAGCAGCUGAAAGAGGAUCUGGAGGCAGCGCACGCUGAAAGAGACAAUGAGAGAGCUCUCGACUCGGAGUCGGAGAGGAUGCAGAGCACGAUCGGCUCUCUGACUGAAGAGCGAGACCAGCUUCAAGAGAUUCUGCAAGGACUAAGAGAAGAGAAAAGCCAGUUGAAGAGUGAAAUCGAGGCAAAAGAUGAGAUGAUCAUCCGUUUCCAGUCGGAACUGAACGAGAAGCAGUUUUCCGACUCGAAUUGCAUAAUUAAUGAGGAGAAUGCAGUUCAUCUACAACAGAUUCAGGAUCUUAAGGAGGCAGUCGAAAAGUUGACUCAGGAGAAUUCCCUACUUAAAGCAGAACUUCAGGACACGACUGACAAGCUUGGUGAGCUCUCGGAAACUCUCAAGGCUGCGCAAGACAAAAAUAGCAACUCGCUCGUCGCCCAGUCUGCCUCGAACGAAGAAAGCGCAAGACUCAAAGAUGAAUUGGAAAAGGCCCAAGAGGAACUCGUCAGGAUGGAAAGUGAAAUGAUUGAAUCACAGCUGAAGGAAGCUGAAGUCAGCCAGCAGCACAUUGAAACUGCUGAGCAGCUUGCAAAGACUCAAGCAGACCUGGAGCACUUGACUGUGGAAAAUAGCAAAUUGCUGGCAUCUUUGGAAGAAGCUAACCAAAAAACAGUGCAGCUGGAGGAAGAACUCGAUUCUCUUCAUUGUGAAAGAGAGCAGCCUUCGAGCAAGGAGAUUGAGGGAGCUUGUGAACCAGAAGUUGAGAUCCUUCGUACCACAGUUACCUCAGUGACCGAGGAGAGAAACCAGCUUCAGGAGAUUCUUCAGAGUCUGAGAGAAGAACACAGCCAGCUGAAGAAAGAUCUGGAAGAGAGCAAUGACAUGCUCAUACAGGUGCAGGAGAAGGCAACUCUGGGUGAUAUCAGUUCACAACAAGAAGCCACCUGUGUACAAGAUGAACUUCAACAACAGCUACAAGAGCAACUGGCAGCACUGACCGAGGAAAAUCAGCAGCUGAAGACAGAUGCACAGGAAAAUGUGGAAAUGAUGAUUGAGUCUCAAGCAGAAUUGAGGUCAGCACUCGCCAAUAUAAAGGAACUAGAGAGGAACAUUCGUGAGCUCGAAGGGCAGAAGGAUCGGCUAGAGUCCAAACUGACCCAGACGGAUAACAGUGAGGAGAGCAAACUUGUGGAGGGUCUGAAAAUUCAGGUUACCCAUCUGAAUGAAGAACUCAAAGCGCUUUUUGAAGAAAAGCAGCUUCUUUCUCAGAAUACUGAAGAGCUGGAGAAAGUGCAUGCAAGCAUCCGCUCUCUUACUGAGGAACGAGACCAACUUCUGGAUGUAUUGCAGGGUCUGAGAGAAGAAAAGAGCCAGAUGAAAAAUAUCUUGGAAGAGAAGGAAGACAUGAUUCUGCAGCUGAGGGAGAAUCUCGAGUCCGCUACUGCGGAGAGAGACGAGCUUCUGAACGAGCGUACCAAAGGCGCUGAUGAGGAUGCUGCACUUCGUGAGAGUGCGUCCGCUCUCUGUGAAGAACGCAACCAACUGCAGGAGAUCGUGCUGGGCCUGAGAGAGGACAAGUCCCAGAUGAGCAGUGAGCUGGAGGAGAAGACUCAUAGGCUGAUGCAGUUGAUGGGUGAGCUCCAGUCUGCUACGAUCGAAAAGGAGAACAUUCUGGCUGAGAAAUCCAAAGAGGACCUGGAUAACCAAGCAGAGUUGGAAAGGCGUCAGGUCUGCAUCGCUGCUCUGACCGAAGAGAGAGACCAGACAAAAGAGGAGAACGUACUGCUGAAGACUGAAUUGGAGGAAACCAAUGAAAAGGUAAUGCAGUUAAGAGAGACCCUUCAGUCUACAUGUGCAGAGAAAGAGCAUCUUCUAUCGGAGACCACCAAAGAGAGUCUUGCUCAAAUGGCUGAGAUCGAGCAGAUCCAGGCAGAUCUCACCCUGGUCACCCAGGAGAAAGACCAACUUCUGGAACUGCUGCAAAGCCUGAGGGAGGAGAAGAGCCAGCUAACGCAGGACCUUGAGCAGAAGAGUGAGAUGAUACAGCAUCUGAAGGAACUUCAGGCUGAAAGAGAGGGAUCAUCAAUGAAGGAAUCAUCCUGUAGCACUAACAUGAACGAGGAUGGAGAGAGUCUCCAGGAGCUCCUGCAGGGAGUGAGAGAGCUCAUCCAGGUCCAAGGCGAGCUGAAGCACCAGAAGCCACUAAGUCCUAAAGCCACCCGCAAAGCAGAGAUUCAGCAGGCCAAUCAGAUUAUGCAGGCUCUUAAGGAUGAAGUUGAGUAUUUGAGGAACGAGCGGACGUUACUCCGAAAGGAUCUUCAGGAAGCUGCUGAAACGUCAAAAGCCUAUCAGAACUUACUCCAUUCCACGAAGGAGGAGCUGAAGAAACAGCAGAAUGCUGACUCAGUGGCUCAAAGUUCUGGAAAGGACCCUCUACUUCAGCAGAUGAGCCAGUUGAAUACAGACCUUUUGUGUUUGAGAGAGCAGCUUAUGGCGAAGAACACCUCCGAGACUCAGGAUCUCAAAAUGGAGACGCAGAAUCUUCUGACCCGCAUCGCGUCGCUUGAGGAAGAAAAAGUGAACCUCCAAGAGAUGCUCGAGUCUGCCAGAGAAGAGGCGGCUAACCUGAGACGUGAUCUUCAGACAUGUGAACAAGCGAACCACAAGCUGACUGAAGAGCUUGAAAUUCUUGGAAGCAUCAAAGAGCAGCUGCUUAGCGAAAAGACCCAUGCAGAUCAGCUUCAGGAGGUUUUCCAUGGGGUCCGAGAAGAGCGAGACCAGCUCAGGAGGGAGCUAGAGGAAAAAAUCGAGGAGCUGACACAUGUUGAGGAAAAGGCUGAAGGACUAGAAAAGGAAAACAAGCUGCUUGAAUCUGAAGUCAGUUCUUUAAGCCAGUCUCUUCAUGAGGUGAAUGAACACACUAACACACCAUCUAAUGGAGAAAGACUGAGGAUGAUCUCUGAGAUUGAAACCUGCAAUGAAAAACUGAAAGUUGCCUUCUUGAAGCUCCAGGUGAUCAUCGACCGUCCCAAACACAAAGACUUCCUUGCCGAUGGCAAUAGUAAAGAAAAUACCGUGUUUUGUCAGCUGUUACCAUUUAUUCCGAUGUCCCAUCGAGCUGCUUUCACAUGUCUGACUUCCAAAACAAGUCAGCUUGAUGACCUGCUUAGAAAAAAUGAGGUGGCCUUGCAAAGACUUGCAGCUCUGCACAUGGCCCACUUCAUGAAACAGAUUCACCGUGAUGUGGCUUCCUUCGAGGAGAGAAUGCUACACGAUGUGCUUAUUCGCCGAGCUCAGGCUCCUCAAACUCUCCAGGUGAUCCCUGCCGACUUCCAGGACAUUUGGGACCAGAGAAUGUUGGAGUUGUUGGACAAACGCAGGUGCUAUCUGCAGAACAUGAACAGCAUUCUGGACUUCCUGGAAGACGGUAUUGCCAAACAUGCAGUCACGCUCUCUGAGGAACUUCAUGCCCGGUCCCGUGCCGGCGAGGAGAGUAAAGCGCUGACUAGAACCGCAAGCACAGCAAGCAUAGUUCAGUUCUUGGAGCGAGAGUUUGCACGACGCGCAGCUUUGACAGACCGCCAGAGAACGUUUCGCCAAAGCAUGUUGGAUAAAUACAGCUGUGCAGUUUCUGUCCUGAAGCCCUUGGAGAAUGAGUCAAUCCAGAUACUGAAGCAGGAGAGGCGUGAGAGUCUCGCACUGCUUCCUUCUCAGAGUGGUGAGAAGCCCAAAACCGAGGCUGACCUGCUGCAGGACAAACGGCGCCUCGCCCUUCAGUUACUGCAGGCUCAAAAACAGCUCGAGGUUCUUCAAAAGGAAAUUGAGGUGCUGAAGACUCAGGCAGACAUGUCGGAUAAACAACACGCCAACAAGCUUGAAGAGCUGAGCUCUGUUUUGAAGGAGAAAGAGGAUCUCAUUCAGAGCCUACAAACAAAGCUGACUGAGGCUGAGGCUCUUGCAAAAAUUAAGAUGCCACCCAGUGCUGCUGAAAUGGAGGCCUUAAAGGAUAAACUGGUGAAGAUGGAGUUUGACCACAUCGCUGUAACGACCAGUCAUGAAAAAGAAAUAGCACAGUUACAGUCCAUGGUGGAUCACCGAGGCGACAUGAUCCGCAAGCUGAAGGAGACUCUCAGAAAAACCCAACAGCAGGAUGAGAAUUCAUUUGUAGAUGGUGAGGAACCUCAUUCGAAACCUGCCACUCAGGCCAAAACCUCAACUUGCCAUAAAGAUAAAAAGAUUGAAGAGCUGGAGAAGAAGACCGCACAAUUUGAAAGCGUGGUGAGCAAACAACAAGACGAGAUCACUAAAUGGAAAAACAGAGCAUAUAAAUUGAGGGAAAGCAAGAAAGAAGCUCCUCAUUCACCACGCACCCCAACCAAGCGGCCUCAGCUGUUAACAGAAAGCGAAGUGAACUCCCCUAAGAAAACGUUCCUCGACUCUCCCAAAAGCAAGUUCUUUGACGUCCAUGCUGGCACUGAUCCGAUGGCACUCAAGUGCCCAAAACAGUUCUUUGAUAACUCCAGCCUUGGAACCAUGCCAGAUGAUCCAUCUACAGAUGAUUCAUCAGAAAGUGAUGAUGACUCCAGUACAGCAGUCGGCUCUACUGACUCGAACGCAGAAAGCUGGUGGCAUAUUCCAAACUCCUCGCCAAAAAAGACCAACCUGAAUCUAGAUGCCAACGGCUGUCCAACACAGUGAUUUUCAUUUGUAAUUGUCUGUCUUUUUUUUAAAUGUUUGUCAAGUCUGUCAUUCCUUUAAGUAUCUUUAAGCGUAUGUUUGUUACACUUGUGAGGACAGUUCAGUUCCACAAGUUUUCAGAAUAAAGUCUAUCUACUAGAAUCA